AGAAAAGAAAAGAAACUCUAAAACAAUGGCCAAAGACGUUGAGGGCGCCGCCGGUCAGUUUACCGCCAAGGACUACACCGACCCACCGCCAGCUCCACUUAUAGACGCAGUGGAGCUGACCAAGUGGUCAUUUUACCGGGCGGUGAUCGCUGAGUUCAUAGCGACGUUGCUGUUUCUGUACAUAACGGUUGCUACCGUUAUCGGGUACAAACACCAGUCCGACCCGAAGCUUAGCGCUGAUGCGGAUUGUAGCGGCGUCGGGAUUCUUGGUAUCGCUUGGGCUUUUGGGGGGAUGAUCUUUAUUCUUGUCUACUGCACCGCCGGCAUCUCCGGUGAUGCACAUCAACCCGCCGUGACCUUCGGCCUCUUCCUGGCCCGCAAGGUCUCCCUCGUCCGUGGCUCCUGCUACUUGAUAGCGCAGUGCCUCGGCCGCAUCUGCGGCGUGGGGCUCGUGAAGGCAUUCCAGAAGGCGUAUUUCGUUCGGUACGGCGGCGGCGCCAAGAGCCUCGCGACCGGCCUCGCCGCCGAGAUCAUCGGAACUUUCGUGCUCGUCUACACCGUGUUCUCGGCUACUGACCCCAAGCGGAGCGCACGUGACUCCCAUGUCCCGGUGUUGGCCCCUCUUCCAAUAGGGUUUGCGGUGUUCAUGGUCCAUUUGGCCACCAUUCCUAUCACCGGGACCGGCAUCAACCCUGCUAGGAGUUUUGGAGCUGCAGUCAUCUACAACACUGACAAAGCUUGGGAUGAUCAGUGGAUCUUUUGGGUUGGACCCUUCAUUGGUGCAGCAAUUGCAGCUGCAUACCACCAAAUUGUGCUGAGGGCUGGUGCUGUGAAGGCUCUUGGAUCCUUCAGAAGCAAUCCAAGCACUGCUUGAGUUCUUUCAUCUUUCAAAAAAAAAAAAAAAAAAGGAUGCUUAUUGCGAAGGAAUAAAGGGAGAAGUUGGCUCUUUAGGUUUUUCCCAGGGGUGAGGGGCGGGAGAUUAGAUGUGGCAUUUGAACUGUAGAUAGUAGGAGUUCAGAUGGGGGUUUUGCUUUAUUUUUCUCUCAUUUGAUUAAGGGCUUUUCUUAGUUGUAUCUGUUAGCAAUUCGGUUGAGUGUAUCAGUAUGUUGUUGUUAUUGUUGUCUGCUACAUUUGAAUGUGUAUUUGGUAUUUUGCAUGAAUCUAGCAUGUGUUCUGCUUGUUUAUUUA